AUGUCUACCUCCGAGCUCGCCACAUCCUACGCAGCCCUCAUCCUCGCUGAUGACGGUGUCGACAUCACUGCCGACAAGCUCCAGUCCCUGAUCAAGGCCGCAAAGAUCGAGGAGGUCGAGCCCAUCUGGACAACCCUGUUCGCCAAGGCUCUUGAGGGCAAGGACGUCAAGGACCUGCUCCUGAACGUCGGCUCCGGCGGCGGCGCGCCCGCUGCUGGUGCUGCUGCUGGCGGCGCUGCCGCUGGUGGUGACGCCGCUGCUGAGGCCGCGCCCGCUGAGGAGAAGGCUGAGGAGAAGGAGGAGUCAGACGACGACAUGGGCUUUGGUCUCUUCGACUAA